AUGCCCCAUCGAAUCCCACCUUCAAAGGCGAAUAUACCAGAGCCGGAAUCGCCCAUUGGAAUCCCACCUUCAAAUUCAAAGGAGAAUAUACCAGUGCCGGAAUCGCUCACUGGGGACUCUCCAGAGGCGGAGUCUCUUGGGAUUGACUUGUCCGGCUGCUUGCAGCAUCUCUCCUUGGAAACAUCGAGUGAGAUACGCAGUGUCGACCCUGAACCUGUUGGAUUUAAUCCAUUUGAGGUAUACCUCCAGGCUGAAUCUGGCGAACAGCCACAGCCCCGUUUUGUCGAACAUCUAGUCCGGGAUGUUAUUCGACCCCAGCUGGAGGGGCUCAGACAAUGUCGUUGGUUUGAGAUCGAGGAUUUGCAUGCCCUAUAUGAGAGUGCCCGAAAGUUCCAAAUGAAAUGGAACGUGCCUGAAACAAGCUUUCAGAAUUUCUGCACACUGCUCUCGGGUUGCUUGGAUUUCCCGUCCAUUUUGCUGCUUAAUCCCAGCCCCUUGGAUCAUCUGCCCUUUGAUGAAAUGCUCGAGGAAUCGCCAACCCUGCUAUGGCUACAGGAUGUUCUUCGACCCAUGCAUCUUACUAUCAGGGACAUCAUUGUUUUCGAUACGUUCCCAAUGGUUACCGAUGACUUCAUGGAUCAGCUGAGUGAAGAGAACCGACGCAAUUUCGUUCUUGAGGCGUUUGACCUUACACUUCUGUGUUUAUCCCACAUUCGUCCUCAGAUUCUAAUCUCUUGCCAGUGCGGGACUCAGCCGUUAAACGUUCGAUGGGGGUUUGUGGACCACACGGUCGCUCGGAACCUCUGCUCGUCGGUGAGCAAUGCUCGAGCGCAACGAGUCCGCGCGGUUAACGUUGAGUCACACGCAAUUCAUGUGGUUCAAGGGUUUCACCCCAAUUAUGUGGUCAAGAUGAUGCGGUCCAAUGCAGGAUUUGACCUCGAUACCAUGUUACAAGAUCUGUUCCAGAGGGUUUUCCAGCCAUUUGGGGAUUGGAAAUCGGAUCGGGACGCGAUGGAACGGGAAAUACAGGAAUCGGCUACUUUGGUGCGUGCUGGAUUAUUAGUCCAGCUGAGCCAAGUGAAGCAGUAUCGACGGGCUUGCCAGCGAAAUUUGCAGUUUGGAAUCGCUGGCCCCGUGUCGGUUGAGAGGGUAGAGGAAGUACAGUCACUGAUGGAGGAGUGGAUUAGAUGGUUCAGUGUCUAG